AGCUUCUGCGACCCAGAUUUCCCCACGAGGCUCAUUUAACUUUUAUCUAAUCUAAUCUAAUCGGGCUUUCUCUCGCCUCUCGCGCUGUUAUUUCCCAUCAUCGUUAUGGUGGCCGCGCGGCGCGCUCCCGUCACCACGUCAGGAGGCAGCCACUGGUCCUGCAGCUGACGAGGAUGAUGAUGAUGAUGGCGGUGAUGGAGGAGCAACGCUGAGUUCGCUCCCACAGAUUUCUCACCCCCUUUUUUCCAUUCAUUUUUCGAUGAUUUAAAACAACAACAGCAUAGAGAUAUAAAGCAACACCGCCGAUUUGACCUGAAACCUUUCUCCACCUCCCUCCCGUCUCCGGAGCCGAGACCGAGAUGGGGAACGAAGCGAGCAUGGAGGGCGGCGGGCAGCCCGGUGAGCCGGGAGCAGCCGGGAUGAUGGGGUCGGUGAUGCCCGGCGGACCCACGACAGGACCGGGGGCAGGACAGCACAUUAAGCCGGUCAAUGGAGCCGCUGCUGGGGGAGGAAUGGGAGUUGGAGGCCCCGGGAUGGGAAUGACGAGGGGUCAGAUGGGUUCAAUGGGUAGCCCCAAACCAGGCAUGCAACAAGGAGGCCAUGGAGGAAGUGGAAUGGGAGGAAUGGGCGGAGGAGGAAUGGGAGGAAUGGGUGGAGGAAUGGGAGGCAUGGGAGGAGGAGGAAUGGGAGGCAUGGGAAGCAUGGGAGGAGGUGGAAUGGGAGGCAUGGGAGGAGGAAUGGGAGGAGGAGGAAUGGGAGCAGGCAUGGGCACAGGUGGAGGAAUGGGGUCCAGAGCCGGCGAGCCCUACCGCCUGGCUACCCAUGAGAGUCCAUCUUCCCCCCGUCAUAUGCAGUCAAGCCAGGGGCACGGCAUGGGGCAGGGUACGGGGUCUGGCCAUGGGAUGGGUCACAGCCCAGCUGGAUCCAGUAUGGGAGGCCAUGCAGGUCAAAGUCCUGGUCAGCACGCCUCCCGUCGUAAUCUCCAAGUCGACUUCAGUGGGUCUGGUGGCUCCAGAACAGGUCGGACAUCCUCUGUGUCUCCUGACCGCGGCGUGACACCUACUUCACCCUACUCUGUGCCACAGAUCGCACCAAUGCCUAAGAGCAGGUUGUGCCCAGUGUGCACCACCACAGAGCUGUCCAACCCACCGGCUGUACCCAACUACAACACCUGCACCCAGUGCAAGUCCACCGUUUGUAACCAGUGUGGAUUCAACCCCAACCCGCACCUCACUGAGGUCCAGGAAUGGCUGUGUCUGAAUUGUCAGAUGCAGAGAGCUCUUGGCAUUGAUAUGACCACACCUCGCUCUAAGAGCCAACAGCAGAUUCACUCUCCGUCCCACCAAGCCAAACCCAUUGUCCAGCCUCAGCAGCCGACGCCUCAGCCAACACAACCAACAGCAGCAGCCCAGCCAAAACCUUUGGCGCAGAGUCAGCCCGCCCAGCGACAGCAGCAACAUCAGCAGCCACAACAGCAGCCGCAGCAGCAGCAACAGCCUCAGCCCUACGGCCAGACGCAACCCUACUCCCAGUCUCAGCCAUACUCCCAGUCCCAGCAGUAUCCCCAGUCUCAGCCCCAGUUGUACCCUACAUCCCAACAGGGGCCCCAGUCUCAGCCUCAAAGCUCCCCAGGCUUGCAAAGACACCAAGGCCCUGGCGCCUCUCAGACUCAGACAGGGCCUUAUCAGCAGGGCAUGAGGUCAGACCCAUACUCCCAAAGAGGUCCUGGCGCCCAAGGAGCUGUCGGAGGUCCUGUAGGUGGCCCCAACCAGCCAGGAGGUCCACGAAUUCCCCACCCCGGAGCUGUGCCCCUCCCAGGGUUGACCAAGGCCCCCUCCCAGCCUGAUUUGGGUCGGGGUUCCCCAAUGCAUCAGUCUAUGGCACGGCAUCAUGAUCAGACCAGAAGCGCCGGCUCUUCUCCUGCCCACAGACCUCAGAGUCAGGCCCCACCUCCUGCCCAGGAUGGCCUGACCAAACUGUUUGGCUUUGGGGCGUCUCUGCUCAAUCAGGCUAGUACACUCAUCAAUGUUGACCCUCUAUCAACUGCCUCCACCCAGCCUAGCCCUGCACGAGGCAAAGUGAUGUUCAGUAAUGCAUCUCCUGACAACAAGCAGCAACAAGGUGCCCCAGGCAGCAAAGCAUUUGGUAUGGCAGGCCCUCAUGCUCCAACUCAAAUGAGUGGCCCUCAUGCAUCAGGCCAAAUAGGAGGUCCUCAUGCAACCAGCCAAAUGGGAGGACCUCAUUCAUCAGGCCAAAUGGGAGGCCCUCAUGCACCGGGGCAAAUGGGAGGACCUCAUGCAAUGGGUCAAAUGGGAGGACCUCAUGCAAUGGGGCAAAUGGGAGGACCUCAUGCAACAGGUCAAAUGGGAGGACCUCAUGCAACGGGUCAAAUGGGAGGACCUCAUGCACCUGGUCAAAUGGGAGGUCAACAUGCACCGGGUCAAAUGGGAGGUCCUCAUGCACCGGGUCAAAUGGGAGGUCCUCAUGGGCAGAGUCAAAUGGGAGGUCCUCAUGCACCAGGUCAAAUGGGAGGUCUACAUGGGCAGAGUCAAAUGGGAGGUCCUCAUGCACCAGGUCAAAUGGGAGGUUCACAUGGGCAGAGUCAAAUGGGAGGUCCUCAUGCACCAGGUCAAAUGGGAGGUUCACAUGGGCAGAGUCAAAUGGGAGGUCCUCAUGCACCAGGUCAUAUGGGAGGCCCUUAUCCACAGAGCCAAAUGGGAGGCCCUUAUCCUCAAGGCAAAAUGGGGGGUCCUCAAACGACAAGCCAAAUAGGAGGUCCCCAAAUGGGUGGACCGCAUAUGCCAUCCCAAAAGCAACAGACCAUGCCCCAUCAACAAGGAAUGCCACAACAUCAGUCGCCGGCGCAUCAUCAAAAAGGGCUGCAAGGACAACAACCACAAGGAACACAUCAGCAGUCACCUGCUCAUACGCAAAAGGCGCCGCAAAAGCAGGAACCUGCGGUAGCCCCUGUGCCUGCUCCAGAGCCUGUUAAGCCUAAAGUGAACUGUCCUCUUUGUAAAACGGAGCUGAACAUCAACAGUUCUGACCCACCAAACUACAACACCUGUACACAGUGUCACAGCCAAGUGUGCAACCUAUGUGGCUUCAACCCGACACCACAUCUGAUGGAGAAAAAGGAGUGGUUAUGCCUCAACUGCCAGACCCAGCGGCUGAUGUCAGGAGGUGGCCUUGACGAUCCCCCACUUCCUGUUCCUCAUUCGUCUCCCAAGCACCAGCCAAUGGGUUCCCCUCGCCACCAGGCGCCAACCAGUCAGCAAAGCCCUCUUCACAAACCCACCAAUCAGCAGCCUCCAAAGGCAGGUCAGCCCCAAACGCAGAAACCACAAGGUGGGACUGGCAGUAGUGGACCGUUUGCUCCGACUGCUGCCAAACAACUAACAGACACCAAGACCAUGACACCAGCCACGACAACAGAGAAACAGCAGAAACCCACUGAGGAGAAAUCCAAGACCGAGCCUGAGAUCCAAACUGCCAAAGAGACCAAACCCUCCCAGAAGAAAGGAGAGCCGAUCACAACGAUCAAGGAUCUUAAGAAGUCCAGGCACUAUGAUGACACUAAAAACAACAGUACCCAUGACUUGUCACGUAGCCCCCAGAGCCUCAGUGACACUGGAUACUCCUCUGAUGGCAUCUCUAGCUCCCACAGUGAAAUAACAGGUCUUAUCCAAGAAGAGGAGAUGAAGCUAAGUGAGAGGGGAAUCAGUGGACGGGGCUCACCACCUAGCCCUUCUGAGAUCACCAAGUUAGAAAGCUCUAUGAGGCCUUUGCUAGAGAAGAGUCUUUCUGAAGACAAGGUGGAAAGAAGGGGACGGAAGCACAGAGAUAGAGACUUGGAUGACAGAGGAAAGCGUCCACGCUCCCUGUCAAUCCCACCUGAUGAUUACGACUCUGACGAGGACCUAGAAGAUAUAGUAGAGGAAGAGGAGGAUGGGGGAGACUGGGAGAGCAAACGUAAGCAAGGGAAGGAGGAGAAGAAAGAAAAGAAAAAGAAGGAAAAAGAGGCUGAGCCCACAGAGAUGACGGAUGAGGAGUUUAUGAGGAGACAAAUAAUGGAGAUGAGUGCUGAUGAAGAAAAUGAGGAGGAGGAGGAAGAGAUGGAGGAAGAGGAUGAUGAGGAAGAUGAAGGUUAUGGCUACCAGAAAUCCAAGAAAAGCCACCAUAAGCACAUAUCUGACUCAGGGAAAGAAAAGCGACGUCUUCAGCACCACUCCAGCAGUUUUGAGGAGGAAACUAAGAGCUCUACUGAUGUUUAUAAAGGUUCAGUAGAGGAGGGUGAGGAAGAUGUGAUGGCAUCCCAGGGAGGCCUGAGGCGCUUCAAAACCAUUGAACUUAAUAAUACCAAUAGCUACAGCAGAGAUAUGGACUUGAGCAAUGAAAAUGACUUGAGUCUUGAUCGGGAACCAGAGCUAGAGAUGGAGAGUCUGACAGGCUCUCCAGAAGAACGUUCACGUGGGGACUACUCCUCCACUCUGCCAGCAACUUCAUCCUCAUAUGGCUCAGGCCAGUCUCCUACUUCCAUCUCAUCAAUGGAGGAGGACAGUGACAGUAGUCCUAGUAGGAGGCAAAGGUUGGAAGAGGCCAAGCAACAGCGAAAAGCCCGUCACCGCUCCCAUGGUCCUCUCCUUCCCACAAUCGAAGACUCUUCAGAAGAAGAUGAGCUGAGGGAGGAAGAGGAACUCCUGAGAGAGCAGGAGAAGAUGAGGGAGGUUGAACAGCAAAGAAUAAGGAGCACAGCACGAAAAACCAAGAGGGAUAAGGAGGAGCUCAGGGCUCAGAGGCGCAGAGAGAGGUCAAAGACACCACCUAGCAAUCUCUCACCUAUUGAAGAUGCUUCUCCAACAGAAGAACUUAGACAAGCUGCAGAAAUGGAAGAGCUCCAUCGGUCUUCUGCUUCUGAAUAUUCCCCACAGAGUCUGGACUCAGAGGCUGAAGGAUACGAGUCCAAACUUUACAAGUCAGGUAGCGAGUAUAACCUCCCGACCUUUAUGUCUCUUUACUCACCAGUAGAGAAAUCUUCAACAACGACCACAACCACAGCACCAUCUUCAACUUCCAAACCGCUUAAGAGUGCUGAGGAGGUUUAUGAGGAAAUGAUGAGGAAAGCAGAGAUGCUUCAAAAGCAACAAAAACAGCAGCAGCAACAGCAGCAACAUGGAAGACAUGGGCAGUACUACGAGGAGGAUGUUAAUGGACAAGGUUAUGAUGAGGAGUAUGAAUAUGAAGAUCAAACUGAAUAUGACAAUGAGGCAGCAGAGACAGAAACAGAUAUUUAUGAGGAGAUCCGCCAAACAUCUCAGAAUAUCACCAAAAUGCAGCAAGCCACCGAUGAACAAGUAGAGAUUGACAUUGAGAGCUCCUUCCCAGACAAACAGCUUUUAGACACAGGCUCAGCAUUUGCUAAGCUACUAGAACAAAGCAAUGCGCUCCUAACUCCAGGGACGAGCCCAACCCAGAUCUCAGCUCCUGUCUCUUUUGCUGAGACUGGAAGUCGGAUUCCUGAUGUCAGGGUGACUCAACACUUCUCUGCAAAGGAUGGGCACAAAGACAGGAUCAAAAGCCAAGCAGGAAAGAAUGGAAUUACUCCAGCAGUUGCUGCCACAACUAUUGCAGCUUAUGGGGUGUAUGCAAGAGAUGCAGUGACUAUUUCUCAGACUAGUUCAAGUCACACCAUGACAACAACUCAGUCUGGUACUUAUGGCAGACAAUCAGGAAGUACUGCCACAUCCUCUGCUACAGUCUCAAGUGUAUGCAGCAAGAUUGCAGAGAUUACCCAAGCAUACAGUCAAAGAGAAGUGAUUACUAGAAGGGUUGGGGAGACCAGGGGUGUCCAAGUGCGAGACAGUUCAACAUCUUCUACUGAGCGAGUUGUUGAGCCACGUUCUCCCAAGUAUACUACUUAUUAUAGGAGCACCAGUCCUCCUCUUUCUCCAUCACCACCUCCACAGAGUCCAACCCGUUCACCUUCUAGAAGGGCUACAGCAGAGUUCUCUACACAGACUUUUAAUUCAGCACUACGAAUGGAGUCUGGAGCUGGUUCUGGGCCUACAUCUCCAGUGAUGGCUCAGGGAACCCAAACAUCACAUCGAUCAGCCUCUCCUAGACUCUAUCGACAGCAGUCUUCCCAGGAUGCCCCAUACUCACCUCCUCAAAGCCCUGCAAGGCCAAUGACAGUCAACACUGCUACUUCUCCCCUGUCUUCGCCUACCAGAUUUAGUCGCCAGUCUACAUUUGAAACUUAUUCCCCAUGUGGCAGCCCUCCAGACACACCACCUUAUCAACAAUCUCCAACACAAAGCUUCUAUAGAACACAAAGAGUUGAGAGGGUCAAUGUUGGUACAAGUAUGGUCACCACAGCAAGUACUUACACCAGGGGGUCAUUAUCAAUGGAUAACAUCUCCCUGUGUCGAAUAUCUACAGUUCCUGGCACCUCUAGGGUAGAACAGGGACAUAUGAUCCAAGGUGGAAGUGUUGUAGACCUCAGAACAGUCACCAAAAUGGCUCCUAUUAUCAUGACUGACCAAGGAAUGGAUCUCACCUCUUUGGCCACUGAAAGCAGAAAAUAUCAUGGUGGGGCAGAGGGAAGCAGACACUCAACAAUUGUACAGCCACUGAUAAUGAACCUAAACACACAGGAGACCACCACACCAACCACUGUGAGUGUCACUGUGGCUGCUUCCAUGUUCAUGACCCAGCACAAACAGCCAAUGGUCUAUGGUGAUCCGAAUCAAAACAGAGUGGAUCUAGGUCAGGGCAUUGGCUCUGCUGUCUGUCUUUCCCAGAACAAACCACCUUCAACUGACCCAUCAAUACCAAAAAUUGAUGCCAAACUAGAGGACCUCAGUGUCCAGCAGAGAGAACUACAAAAACAACAAGAGAAGCUGCAAAAGCAACAAGAACUCCUUGAACAGCAGUUGCAGCAGCACCAUCAGAUGCAACAUCACCAGCAACAGGCAUCUGCUCUGGCUAGGUACGGUCUUACUGGCCAGAUCCCACCUUUACUGAAAAAAGACUUACUAGUCAGCCAGACAAGCACUGCCUCGGCUGUGGUAAGUGCUGUAUCACCUAUCAUUAAUCCUGAGAUGUAUGGCACUGGUCCCAUUGAGCUGAAAGGAAAGCCCAGUCCUCCUGGUUUAAUGUCUGGAGGCAAUCCACCACAUAGCAUGGUUGUACAAAUGGAUGGAGCGCCAGACCAGUCGAGAACAGUGACACAGCUCAUGAAGGUAGAAGAAGGACAAGAUGCUAUGGAUUUGACAGGAGGUCAAAUUAAACCUGACAACCAGCCAGCUUGCUGUGAUGUUGUUUACCGACUUCCAUUUGGCGGAAGCUGUGUCGGUGGUUCAGAGAAAGAGGGCAUUAGGCCUCCAUCUGCACCACCCCUCACCUAUGAAUCUGACCACGAGUAUCAAAUGGAUGGACGUAAGGCCUACACAUUACCUUUCCCUGGUAGGUUGCAGUCUUCAAUGUCAGAUACAAACCUGGCUGAGGUGGGUCUGCAGUCCUACCCUUCUAAACUAGAGCCACAGUUUCAAGCCUCAGGAGAACUCACUAUGGAUCUAACUGGUAUGAAGCAGGGCUAUGGAGGGUUCAUGGGGAUGCAGUAUGGUUCCUAUACAGAUUUACGGCAUGGAGGAGACAUCACAGCCCAAACACUGCCCAUAAGGAGAUAUAAUUCCUUGUCUAACAUCAGUUCAGACUAUGGCUACUCUGCUCGAGAUAUUGCAGGUUUCCAAGAAGCUAACUUGGCUCAGUACAGUGCUACAACCGCCAGAGAGAUUAGCAGAAUGUGUGCAGCACUCAAUUCUAUUGAUCGGUAUGGAAGCAACCCAGAUUUGAUGCAGUUUGGUAGUCUGGGGAGAGGAACUGGGCCUGGGACUGCAAGAUUUGCAGUAGGUCUUGGCAUGAGACAGAACCUUCUUUUUGGACUUGAUGGGAAGCCAAUCUCCCACAAUCAAGCACUAACCAACCUCAUCAAUGCUAGGCAGGCUAGUCUAAGAGCUAUGUACCCGGCUGCAAUUAGAUCUUCUGACGGGAUGAUCUACUCUACUAUUCAGACCCCCAUAGCUUCUACACUUCCCAUCACAACUCAGCCUGCCUCUGUUCUUCGCCCCCUAUUAAGGGGGGUCUACAGGCCAUACCCCUCUCCUAACAUGACACCUGUGCCCCUAUCUAGUCUUAGCAGACUACCAAUGAGUCCCAGAAUGCCCUUAUCUGGACAAGCUCCAGUCUCUUACCCAGCACCAGGUCUGCUUCAAACAACAUCAACAACUGCCAUUACUGCUGCUGCUGCUGCUACAACAACUUUUGCACCAAUGGGUGCCCCAGUAUCUGUGUCCAUGACAAGUAGUUCUACAGUCCAGGAAGAACCAGUAUACCUUGGAAAAGGUGCCACAGUGAUGUCAUCAUCAGCAAAUACCUCAGUACAAGGAACAGUCUUAAUCCCAAUGGAGCCACAACAACAGCCAAUAAAUCUGUCCCAGGCACACCUGAACAGUCAACAACAACAGCAAAUGACAAAUUCCCAGCAGUCUCAACAGCCUCCUCCAGCAGGUCAUAGCUAUCCACCCUUAGCACCAUCACACACUCAUGGAUACACUCAGCCUCCAGCAGGCCCAUCUGCCCCCACGGGUGGCCUACCCAUUCCAGGAGGACUUCCUCCCUUCCCUCCACCAGGUGCCAUACACAAGGAGGGUGAAACAGAAGCAGAGAGGCUUCAUCGUCAGCAGGAGCAGCUCCUGCAGAUGGAGAGGGAGCGUGUGGAGCUGGAGAAACUUCGGCAAAUGCGACUGCAGGAGGAGCUUGAACGGGAAAGGAUAGAGCUGAAGAUGCACAGAGAGAAGGAGCAGAUACUGGUGCAAAGAGAGUUACACGAGCUGCAGAGCAUCAAGGAACAGGUUCUACAGCAACAGCAAAAUGAGCGUGAGAAACAACUUGUCCUUCAAAGGGAGCAGCUGGCCCAGCAGAAGUCACAGCUAGACCAAAUCCAAUCAUUACAGCAUCAGCUCCAGCAGCAGCUUGUUGAGCAGAAGAGGCAGAAAACAGCUGCAGUACAGCUGGAUAUGAACGGACAGCCCAUGCAUCCCUACACCGACUCCCAGAUAGGCUCUCGUUCCCUUCCUAACUCCUCGUCAGAGAUUUGUCUUAGGAGCCAGGAGGAGCAUAUGGAGACCAGAAGCAACAUGAGGAAACACAGCUCCAUGACCAGGCUCAGUAGGGACAGCUUGGACGGAGAUGGUGUGGUGUUUUACAGCUCUCCACGUAGGAUUGUGGACAGCUGUGUGCAGACAGAUGAUGAAGAUGGCGAGGAGAGGUACAUGAUGCGUCAUCGCACCAGAAGGCGUGGUCGCAGUGUUGACUGCUCUGUCCAGACAGAUGAUGAUGAGGACAAGGCUGAAACAGGACAGCCAGUCCGCCGUAGACGUUCUCGUUUCUCACGUCACUCUGAGUCCAAUUCUGCUAGUGGUAGCACUGCGGCCACCACUACUGGAGCUACUGAUACCAAAACUGACACUUCCAAGAUGGUAUCCUCAAGUAUUGCUGUCCAGACCAUCAGGGAAAUGUCUUGCCAGACAGAAGUGGAGCACCUAGGAAGAGUCUCCCCAGCAAUCCAUGUGACUUUACCAGACCCAAACAAAGUAGAGAUUGUGCACUACAUCUCCGGUCCUGAACGGACCCAUAAAGGUCAGUCUCUAGCAUGCCAGACUGACCCUGAAGCCCAGUCGCAGGUAAUUGUAGCUCCCCAGCUGAGUAUACCAACCACGGUCAGUCCAUACUCUUCCUCUACCAGUAGUGGAACACAACAACCUGGUUCGGCUGACCUUCUGAACCAGCAGCGCCAGCAGCAGCACAUUGCAGCCAAUGCAGCCAAGUUUGAACGCCGCCGUCCUGACCCGCUCGACAUUAACUACCAGCCUCACAACCACCUCCACAACGAGUCCAUUUCCAGCAUCAUCCGGCAGCAGCAGUCUACCCCAAAAUCUCCACAAGUCCUCUACUCCCCUGUCUCUCCGGUGUCCCCUCAUCGCCUGUUGGAGAAUUCUCUGUCUAGUGAGAGGCUGAACAAAGCCCAUGUCACACCUCAGCAGAAGUCCUAUACAGCUGAGUCCCCCCAGCGACACCCCUCUGUGCCACGACCCAUCAAGACCACUCAAAGGUCCAUGUCGGACCCCAAGCCCCUCAGCCCCACCAUGGACGAACACACAAAGGCCAGGCUUAACCUCUAUCAACAACAAGCGCUCCAGAGCCAGCUGGCAGCUCUACAGCAGAGCUCACUGCUUCGUAAGGUCAAGAGAACCCUGCCCAGCCCUCCUCCGGACGAGACUACCACAGCAGCUCAUCUGCCCAUGAUGACACCUACCCUUCAACAGGUCUACCUGCCCUCCGUGCCCAGCCUCAAGCCCAGCUCCAGGUCUGGCCUAGCUGCAAAAGCCAGCCUCCUCAAAGACCUUACCCAUGAGCUGAAGGCCGUGGAGCAAGAGUCAACCAAGCUGAGAAAGCAACAAGCUGAACUUGAGGAGGAAGAGAAAGAGAUUGAUGCUAAACUGAGAUACUUAGAGCUGGGAAUCCAUCAAAGGAAAGAGACACUGGUCAAGGAGAGGGAGAGGAGGGAUAUUGCCUACUUGAGGUGUAUGGGGGACACUAGGGACUACAUGUCUGAUAGUGAGUUGAAUAACUUACGUUUAGCAGCGGCAGCUGCUUCCCAUGAGACCAAUGGCCUACUGUCAACAAGGCCAAGCACUGCCCCUCUUAGCCAGUUCACCAGCGAUCUUAACACGGCAGCCCAGUACCCACCAACCUCUUCCUUCCUCUCAUGUCAGUACCCCCAGAGCCAACCGGCAGCACCAACUCAGCAAUCAAGUCUGCCGUACCAGUCUUCAACAUUUAACCAACCACCAUAUCCAACAGUGUCUCAAUCCCAAGCACUGCCACAGCCCACCCCCCUCCAGAGUCAUGCCCCCCCUCCAGGACCUUCUUACCAGUCUCAGUCCCCCUACCCUUCCCACACCUACCCCCAAUCUCAACCCCCAUACCCCCAGACAGACCUUGGGAUACCAGCUGCACCUCAGCCCCAGCCAGGUCAUACAGGUUUUGGGCCUGCACCACCUGGUCAGCCCCCAUACCCCACCCACAGCUCACCCUAUCCAAGCGCUGUGUCCUCCUACCCAAGCCAGACCACCCCAUACCCUGGGCAGCCCCAAGCUGACAUUCUGACAGUCCAUCCAGGAAGACCAAGACAGACUUCCCUAGCUGACCUGGAGCACAAGAUGCCCACCAACUAUGAGACGAUCAGUAACCCAACAGUUGUGGUCACUACAACUGCACAGGACGCUACCUAUUCCAGUAGUGCCCCUUCUUAUGGUCAGUACACUGGAUCAACAACUAUGGCUAGCUCCUAUGGGCCAUAUGGCUCAGCACCAGUGUCCAGCAGCUACGGUGGGUACUCUACCAUACCACCAAGCACUUAUGGCCAAUAUACUUCAACCUCAGCUAAUUCUUAUGGCCAGUACACCACAACCACUGCUAAUACUUAUGGCUACACUACCACCACAGCAAGCUCUUAUGGACAGUACACUUCUACAGUUUCCAAUGCCUAUGGGCACUCUGUAGACAGUCCCUCAACAUACAGCACUGCAGAUGGGAUGUAUGGGGCUCCUGGCUUAGAGCAAAACAUUCCAAGGAACUACAUGAUGAUUGAUGAUGUCAGUGAGCUUACGGCAAAAGACGGGCUGGGCACGAUGACAGGGGACAUGAUGCAUCAUGGUGGCAGCGGGCGCUAUCCAGGAGACAUCCAUGGCCACAGCAGCACCAUUGGCAGCACCACACGUGGGGGAACUGGCACCUCCUCUUAUGGCAGGGCACCUGAAGAAGAAGCAGCGUUGCAGGAAGAUCUGUACGACCACCAUGGCAGGGGUAAGAGCAGCUACAGGCACGGACCUCUAGGGGGCAGCAGCAGCAGCGUGAGCUCUAGCAUGGGUGGGGGAUCCCCCUAUUACUAUGACUACGACUACAAACAUGGCAGCAUCCGCUCAGGGGUACAGAAACCUUCGUCAUCCUCUAGAAGCCUCCUGGCUCCUGCUGUCAUGUCCUCCAAGCGCAGCAAGCACAGAAAACUGGGGAGCAUGGAGCAAAAAAUCUCUAAGUUUUCCCCCAUUGAGGAGGCUCGGGAUGUGGAGUCAGACCUGGCCUCCUACUCCUCAGCAGCAGGUGGGGCUUACCCCUCUGCUAACAUCCGAGGGCGCAAGCUGAUAGAGGAUUACGGCUUUAAGAGGACUGCUUACGAAAAUGGCAGUGGCACCAGUCAUGGUAGUCGAUACUACGGUUCAAUGAUUGAGGACGACGAUCGGAUUUAUUAUACUUCCACCGGCCGCUCUCGUUCCACUGGCUAUGGCAUGGACAAGAUCUCAUCCAGGGACUAUUCUGGGUAUCGCAGCAGAUCUUACGAGAGGGAUGAUCGCUCCUAUCGAUCUGGCUAUAGCCGAGGGCGCCACCCAACCCGUCAGUUCUCUGAAGAGGAGAGCCCGCUCAGUCCUCUGGGGAGGUUUAUGGGUUCUGGGCGAUCAUCAAGCUUAGGUCCUGACCCAUAUGACAGUCGAAGCAGUAGAUAUCAAUACUAUAUUGGCCAAUAUGGUUCCAGCCACUCGCUACCAGAUGUGCAAGACCACAUACGGGACCUUCCCCGGACCCAUGUCUACAAAUCGGAAGAUACAUACAUUAUAGACGAUUAUCAUUGCGCUGUGUCAGACAGUGAAGCCUACCAUCUGGGUCAAGAAGAAACUGACUGGUUUGAGAAGCCACGCUCCAGUUCUCGUCACUACGGCAGCAGUCAUUCAACUGGGAGGAGCCGGCAUGGUGUCAAACAUACUUACCAUGAUUAUGAUGAGCCUCCUGAGGAGGACCUUUGGCCCCAGGAUGAAUACGGCCAUGGAGGGCGACAAUCCCGUGACCACCGACAUCAUGGAAGCACUGGCCGACAUACUUCCUCAUCACGUCAUUCAGAUGAGCCAAGGUCCUCAAGGUCGACUAAGGGGCACCCCAAAGACCCAUCAAUGCGCCAUGACCCUUCAGGACGAUCUUCAUCCACAGGAAGGCGAGGAGAGUCUAGGUCUGGAGCUUACCACUCUUCUGAAUACUCCCGGGAUCCAUCUGGGCACCACCAUGGUCAGCAUUCCUCAAGACAGGGAGACCCACAUCGUUCCUCACGCAGCAAGUCCCAGCCGCCAGGAGACAUGCAGGGCCAACCACCAGGCUCCUCCAGGUCUGGCAGCGCUUCCCGUGCUCAGGGCCCCACUGGCGGGCCAAUGGGAUCAGGGCGACAGGGGGGUCCAGGUGCCCAGACAGACGGGACUUCAGGACAGAGGACCCAGCUCCAGCAGCAAGCCCAGACAUCAGCAGCCAGACCAGGGCAGCCUGGGGCUGCAGCAGUUCCUGGUCCUCAGCAGCAGUCCCCAGCACAGGGACAAGGAAUGGGCAUGGGGCAGAACCAAGCAAAGCCCGGGCAGAUGGGACCAGCCGGUGGACCAAUGGGGCAGGCCAGACAGACAGGUCCGGCAGGAACCACACCACCCACAAUGGCCAAGAUAGACACCCCUCCAGCAACAGCUAUUGGAGCAAAGGCAGCACCAGUCAUGGCUAACAAAGCAGCCCAGCCGCCACUUACAGGCAUAGGCUCCAAGGCGGCUCCUAGGCCAGGAGGAAUAGGCAGUGCAGCAGCAGGUCAGCCCGGCAUGGAGGGAGAAGGGAUGCUGUCCAAGAUCCUGCCAGGAGCAGCUGCUGAGCAGGCCGGCAAACUGGGAGACGCUAUCACCGGUUUUGGCAAGAAGUUCUCCUCCUUGUUCUAAAGUACUAAUUUGAAGGACUACGUAAAUGUGAAAUGACGACUCUAUGAGGCCUUGUACCAGAAAAACCUGUGAAGUUCCCCCUGCUUAUGUUUCACUUAAAGAGAGAGAGAGAGAAGAAGGAGAGAGAGAGGAUGCUGAUGAGAGCUGAGCAUACUGCCAACAAGGACUGGACUCCUCUGGAUACUUCAUGACUCAUGGCUGAGCGCACACUGACGGAGAGAACUCACGGAUCUCUCUGGCAGGCCAGACAAUCAUUUCAAGCCAACAUCCAUCCUCAGAAGGUCUAUCCUCCAUCCAGUGUCUCCAGCCAAAGAAGUAGAAUCCAUCAAACUACAGUGGAGCCCUGGAACUGUAGCAGCGAGACACAUCACAGGCCUUUGAUUACACUAACUGGCAGCCAGCUGCUACUCUUCUUCCAUGCCAGUAGAGGGAGAUAUGCUUACGUCGCCUGAGAUUCGUGCAGCUGUUGAAGACAAGCCGAACCCAUGGAAGACAUCUGCCACCUCAAACCUCCAUGUUGGUUCAUCGCUGCAGAUCUGAUGGAAGGAAAUGAUGCAGCUCUACUCCAAUAUGCUGAUGACUUCACUCUUUAUAGAGCUGCUUUUUUUCUUCUUCUUCUGCUAACAGGGAAAUGGUAUCCAUACCAUAAGCAUCGAUGGCAUGCUAGGAUCCUUGGUUUCACAGUCCUGUGCUCAAAACUAAAAGAAACAAAAAAUAUGCAGAGUCUUUCCUCUUUUCUAUCUCCUCUUAAAGUCAAAAAAUAAGAACGGGGAGAGGAAUAAAACUCAGCGAAGAAACGCAGGCUUUUCUGGUACGAAAGACCUCUUAUUACAUCAGCUACCAUGAGGGAAAUAAAUGGAAAUGUCAUACUGAAUGAAAAAGACAAAAAUAAUGAUGUACACACGCAGAGAGAACAAGUGUGCUGUCCACGGUUUGCUCUGUUUCUAUCUACAUUCCAGAUCGGAAAAACCUUUUGCUUCCACUCUUCUUCGACUUGUCUGUGUUUCUUGAAUGCUGAUUUCGACUUACUUUCUAACCCCCCCCACCGCCCAAUAAUCUUUGCCAUGUCUUUAAAGAAGUGUAUAGUGGAUUCAAAGAAGAAAAAAAAAAAAGAUGUAGGAAUCUGGAAUGCAUGGAACUUUAUAUCCAAGACCUUACACUGUUCAUCAUUACUUAACAGAGGCCAUAAAAAAACUGGGAUACACACCUUGGCUUAAUAAUGUAAACUAAAACAAAGGAGAAAGAUUUCUGGAGCAACACACAGGAAUUGAGCCACGGGAUUAUAAGGAGCCUUUUGUGGUUUUUUUAAAGGAAAGUUGGCUUGGUAUUCGGAGUGAAGCUGUUUGUGGUUGGGUUGUUUUUCAGCCAUUAUAAAGCCAUUAAGACAACAUUUACCUGCGGUGCUUGUGCUCGUAGGGUUUUUCUGCAACUGCUCGACAACAUGGUCCUCAUAUAUUUCACUCGAUGUUGUAGGUGGUUAUCAUUUCUUUGUGUCUUCUUUUAAUGUUUUCUAUUUUAGAGUUUAGUUUUUUUAUUUGCCUGGUUUUUAUUUAUUCUUUUGUUACAGGUUACCAAUAUCGCCUUAAUCAUUUUAAAACAUUUUAUUUUCCAGGGAAAGUGGCAUAUUUUUUUAUUACACCAUGUGAACACAUUUUCAUCACACUUUUUUUUUAAUGUAGAAAUAUCAGCUGGAACACUGGCCACAGGGAGAUUAAUUUAUAUAUUUUUAAUUUAUUUGGUUUUUGAUAACUUAAGUGAUAUAAUUUUUCUUUAAUUUAUUUUUUUGUAAUGUUUUGUUACCUUCAUCAAGCCCCCCCCACACAGUCGAUUUUCUGACUCUUAUUUAUUAUCAAUACUUACAAAAGCAAUAGAGUUAGUGGUAAGAAAGUUAAGAGCACAAUCUUGUGUCAUUUUAAAAAGUUGGUGAAACAGUAAUGUGUUGCCUCCGUCUGUCUACUUUAUCACUGAUGAACCGUUAAGACUGACUUUCACUUACCACAAAACGUACUCCAAUAAUGUACCACUUCUGUACUGCUACAUCCGAGAACAGGAGAUCACCGAUGAACAAACAUUUGGUACCGCCCAGAUCUCCUCCUCCAACCGAUAGUGAGACAUCACGAUGUCUUCAGUCAGCGGAUCGGAGUGAAAAGCUGCUCGUAUGAGCCAGCUGUCUGACUGAUCCGCAGCACUGCAGGACAGCAGAGAGGCACUGAAAAGCAAACACGUCACACUUCACAGCAGAACUGGACUUUUGACGUCGCAACCUGCAGGGGUUGGGGGUUUGGAUGUGAUUCUUUCUGACCAUCCGAGAUGGAUGGAGUCCUUACACGUAAAGUGUGUAUCAGCAUGUGUCUUCACUCUGUCAACUGUGCACAGUGCACGGGAAAGCACACUCUUAGAUAGUGUUGAAAAAGAGAGAAAAAGAAGUCAGCACUCAUGUGACUGAGGAACCAAAAACAUCACACUUGGUUGUGUCACAAAGCCACUCGCCUUUUUUAACUUCUCAUUUUCUAUUGUGGUGGCGUCCAGACCUGCAACCCAACCCCCCUCCCCCCUCAAAAAAAAAAAAAACCUCUCUCUCAGACUGUCAGUUGUCAUGGAUACUUCUCAGGUCAGUGUUCUCCCUGCUGUUGCUCCUGCAGUGCAUUGUGGGAUCUGUGGUUCGGUACUCAAAAACAUUACUCUGUCGGGCCAAAUAUUGUGAGGCCUUCAACGAACCAACCGACUUCUGCUGUAUAUUGUCUGUGUGAACGCUCGCUGGGAACUUUCGCAUGCUGCCCGGCGCGGGAAAAAAACCUCAAAAGUCACCUCUAUAUUGUUCUGUUCCUAAUGUUUGUAUGUAAGUGUGUGAAGGUCCGUAUGCGUGUAUUUAACAACCAUCAUACAAUGUGGAAAAGAAAAGAAAAACAAAGACAACCACAAGUUUUAACCACGACAAAAAUGGUGAGCAGAAGAGGCGACCUCUCAUCUCCAGUCCUUCUAUGCAAUGAAUCAUAUUUGGGGAAAGGAAACAGAAACACGAGGAGGAAAAGUGAAGUGGAAACACAAAAACGGGGAAUAGUCACACAAGCAUUGUUUUAUCACACCUGAGUUUAAAAUCAAAAAAUUGCUUUCUUGUGGAAAUGCUCAUAGUUUAAAAAUAAGGAGAUUCUUUGACUUUGUUUGUGCAAAUUGUAGGUCACCAGUAAUUUAUGAAAUAAUAGGAAGGUUGUUUAUAUUACUUGUGUUUACCUGGCAUGUUCAGGAUGCCCUAUUCUCUUUCUAGUUGGUGCUUCUGCCAGAGGGAUUUCAAAAUAAAACAAGGGCAGGGGGUGGGUUGAAUAUACAGAAAAUAUGUCAAGAGAUCUAUAGAAAUACAUUAUUUGUAUGAAUUAAGAAUACAUAUAAAUACUGCAAUAUAUCCCUUAUGUAUAGUUUGUGUCUGCAGAGGUGAGAAGAAGAGAAGGUCCUUUAUUGUUUUUGUUUUUUUACAAUUACUGCCAUCUGUCACCAAAAUGACAUGCUCAGCUACCUUAAUGUGCCCUUGUUCUCAUGUUGAAGAGACAGAAAUAUAAGAAGAUGAUUUAGGUCAAACACAAAGCCAGUUCAAAUACCUAUAUAUAUACACAGAUGAUAGAUAAUAAUGUAUAUCAUAUUGAAGAGUAUUGAGGGCUUCUGUUGAAGCGCUAUUCAAGGCAUUCCUACAGGGAACUAUCCGGUGUGAGAGUGUUUGUGUGCGUGUGUUUGAGCGUUGAAAAAGUGCACUGCCACGACAGAUUAAGAUUUAUAAGAUAAAUACACUGUGGACAAAUAAAUAUCUGUACCUCAAACAAGAUAACAAAACUAUCUAAACGUGUAUCAAGCCAACAUGGCAAAUAUAUAGAGAGGCUAUUUAUGAAGAAUACAGAUUUUUUUAAAAGAGGUGGUUUUAUGCAGCAUAAAAAACAUCUCUUUACUCCUUCAAAACUCCUUCGAUAACUUUUCUGAAGUUUGGCCUGAUAAGUCACUGACAUUGUAAUAGAAGCUAGUAUACAUAUAUAUUUAUAUUUUGUGAAGCAUUAAUGAGAGGAUUUAUUUAUGUUAGAAUUUAUUUUAUCAUACAGAGAGGAGUUACAGAGCAGGCUGGGAGUAAAGAAAGAGUCGGUUUCAAAUAAUGUGACAUAUAAAGAGUUUAUGCAGAUUUGAUAUAUCACUUGAUUUAUGCACAGCCCAGAAUAAUCACGUUCAACACAUAUUUUCUUGGGGAAGAUAGUUCUUUGAGAAUUUUUUUGGCAGUGUCUUAAGCCUCUGUAGAGAAUUUCUCGCUAAUAUUUUGGUCAUGUUUGGAUCCACUUUCUCCGUCACACGUUGCUUGUUCCCAUCGAGAUGUUUAAAGCUUAGAGCAGUGAUUUCACAGGUACACUGCCACCAGAUCAGUGAAUAAACCAUUGAAGGAUAAAAGAGAAAACACUUGUCGAAGUAGAACACAAAUAUUUAGAGUUUAAAUUGACCCAACAUACCAACUUCCUCUAGUGUAUGUCAUGUGUGUUGGAAGUUUGUGAAACAUUUUAGAUGAAACGUUCCUAAAUCACUUCUGCCUCAGGAAAGCAAAGCAUUAAAAGCAACGCAACCGAGACGUUCCAUUAGGCGUUAGAAAGCAAUGGAUGGAUUUAUGCAGGGCAAUAAAUCUGUUGUUCGAUAAAAUGACACAGAUGUGAUCUUCCCAUUGUGAGUAAUAACUAGAGGAGUUUAGGAAUAUGCCAAUCAAUCAGCCAUUUAGAUGUAAAUUUGUUUUUUUGUUGCUCCUGUGUGAAAACAGCCACUGAAGGUGACUUAAAUAUGCAUAGCAGCAAAGGGCUUGAACAAUACAAUACUAGUCACUGAAGAAAGCCAUUCUGUUACUGCCCUGAAGCCAGUAGUGGUCUCUGUCUAUGCUCUGCAGCGUGUCUGUCUAUAUCUAGAAAAAUGCAACCGACUUUGUCCCAGAUUACCGCCAUCACCUGUGGUCAAAAUGGACACCACACUAUCACCUGUUCUUAACAGUUGUUUAAAGCACAAAUGUAGACAACAGUCAAACAACUUAGAGUUGUGUUUCAUGUUAUAGUGUGAACAGAUUUGAAUUGAAAUGGGCUCGGGGAAAACCCUUUUUCCUUUUACCCCCUAACCCCUUUGACAAUAGAAGAAAAUCCUGAGUGAAAAAAAUGCGUAAUUUAAAAUGUCUAAAUAUUCAGAGCUAAAGUUUCCAUUAACUGUGUUUUGAGUUUGGAACAAUCGUUUGAUUUUUGCAAUAAAACACAAAGGCUCACAUUUACCGACAUGUAGCCGACAAGAGAGGUUGCUCUUAUCAGAUCUGUUUUUCAAAAGAAAUCCUCCAAAAGCUGACCUUGUCUUUGAAUCAGUCUGAACCAAAAAAAGGUAGCAAACAGUGCUUGUACAGUUUGUAGUGUAGUACCUGCAUGAGCAGUGGUGUCGGACAGUUGAUGUAUAGCAGGGCCGGAGAAAGACUUUACAAAACACAAAAAUAUAUAUAUAUAAAUGAAUACAUGUUUUAUAGGUGAGAGGUUGUUCAAAGGAAGGAGGAAUGAUGUAAUAAACUAAACCAUGAGAGAAAAGUCCAUCCGUCAGGGAGUGUUUAUUCACCUUUCACCUGUAAUGAAUCAUCCAAGUAAAAUUACAAGUGCAUGAUUGGGACACCACUCCCCCCCUGUCUCUUGACCUUUUGAACCUCUUUGACCUCCCACCUCAUGGGCUGCCAUAUUUUUUCCCCCCAGUGUAAAUACCAGAUUAAAACUGACCAAGGUUCACUUUUAACUAACAACAUUUAAAUCAAAAUGUAAAUGCCAUGAAGGACAUGUUCUGUUCGACAUGUUGAUCUCAAAAUUACAGCAUCACAGACACAUGCAACAUGCGCACAGGCAUGAGAGAGGCACACGCUGGUGUGUGUGUGUGUGUGUGUGUGGAAGCCUCAGCAUAUAAAGACAGAACAAAAUACCAAACGAGUUGAUUUGAACAAUAACUUACAAAGAAUUCAUUGUGUGCGACGUAUGUGGCUGGCUCGUGCAGACUGUUUAAAACCCAUUAAAAAGUUGUAUUUGGAUAUGAAAAAAGUGAUAAAAACAUAUUGGUCUGUGUAGAGUUUCUAUACAUGUUGUGUUUGUAACAUGAGAUGACAUGAAAAACUAAAAAAAGGGGAAAAUAUUCUGGCUUCCAUGUAAUUUCUUUAUUGGGGGGAGGGGCGGGGUCGAGGGAUAGUUUUAUGGGGAGAUGGAAGAGAUGAAGAGGGGUGAGAGGGUGUUUGAAAAACUGGAGAUGUGUAAAAAAUAUAAAUAUAUAAAAUAAUCCAAUUGUAUGACGAAAAAGAGGGCGAAAAUAAAACACAGAAAAAGGUUGAGAGCCUAAAAACGACUACAAAGUGUUCCAUUCACUGUUGUAAGUGCAAUGAGCUAAACUUCCUGUUUCCCCAUUGUAAAACCUUGUGUAUGUUUCCGUGUAUUCCUCCUGUAAAUGGGUGUAGUAGACCUGGUGCAUCAUGCCAUGUAAUGUGAUGAAUGACAAAUUAUGACCUUACAAUACAUUUCAAUCAGGAAAAAUAAAUAAAAGACAAAUGCAUAAAAACAAAA